UUAUUAUUUUCAACAUCGAAUUGUACCAUCUAUUGAAUUUGUAAAUAGAACCGAACCAUUAUUGUAUGAGAUUAGACAAAAUAUUACCUGUAAUAUUGGAAUUGAAUUCAGAGACCAUGUUGAUGAUCAGUUCUCAUUCGAACAAUUUCUCUAUGAGCAUUUUGCGAUUCAUUACAAUAAAUAUAAACGUUGUCUCAAUGUUAUUUUGGCAAAUGAUUCCACUGAUAAAGAUUUAUUACAUUGUUUAUUUUUAUUACAGAUAAUUAUUCGUAGCUUAACGCUCAACAGUGAAUCUCAUCAUCCAAUAAGAAAUGUGGUCUAUAAUUCAACAUGGAUUGAUUUAAAACAAUUGAGAACUCAUACAGAUCCGUUAUAUCAAGAUUUUUUAACUAAAGCAAACAGUCAGGGUUGGGACAUAGCUCAAGCAAAAUUUUUAACUAAAUCUUAUCGAUAUGGAUAG